AUGGAUACACUCUGGCGGGCAGUGACUCGUCCCCCUGUUGGGCCUUAUUUAUCAAGUUUCCAGGGUAUUUCAGGGUGCGGCGACCCCCCUCACCAUGUGGACAUCGUUGUCGGGGACGUAUCACACCAUGGCGGGCCUGACACACUGGGUGUUUUGUGGGGUAGAAACGUGUUUAUUUACCAUUUACUGAGAGGACAAACCGUCUCCCAGGGCCACACCUUCACGGGGGACUCCUGCAAACCUUCCCUGAGCCCUCACACUGCUGGAAAUCCUGUUUUUAUCACAUUACAGCUGUUUUGGGGUGAUGUUGGGAUCGUCUCCCAGGGCCACACCUUCACGGGGGACUCCUGCAAACCUUCCCUGGGCCCUCACACUGCUGGAAAUCCUGUGUGGCGCGGAGGUGGGUCAGCGUGGGUCGCCGCCCCCUGCUUCCCUGCCUCACCCUGCUCCGCCUGGCCCCAGGACGCGCCUCACGCCCCCCACGCCUUCCCUGUGCAAUGCUUCCCCCCGGCACAGGAGGCAGGGGUGCGCGCCCCCCUCGCCGCGCCCAGCCUGGCGUGCCGCGCCAAGCUGCAGGCCUGGCCGCCGCCCGCCCCGACACUGCCGCCGCCACCGCUGCCGCCGCCGCCGCACGCCGUGUCCCAGCAGGCCAUCGGGUGGGCAGGGGGUGCCGGGCCCUCGUGCUGGGGCGCGGCUGGUGUGGGGCCGCAGCAGGGCCAGUGGGGGACGGCGUGCCACGCGGGGGAGGCGCCGCCCACCGCUGACCACCACUACAACAUCUACGCCACGUCCGUGUACAUCCAGGGCGCCCCGCCCCACCGUGCCCCGUGCCCCGGCCCCUCUCACGCCCCGCCGCCAGCUCCCGCCCCACCCAACCCGAACCCGCCGGAAUCUGCCGCCGCCGCCACCGCCGCUACCGCCGCCGCUGCAACGCCCGCCGUGAAGGCGCGGCGUCGGCGGCGGUGGAGCCGACGUCGCAGCGUGAUGCACGCGUGCCCCGCGGCGGGGUGCGGCAAGACGUACGCCAAGUCGUCGCACCUGAAGGCGCACCUGCGCACACACACCGGGGAGAAGCCGUACACGUGUGACUGGCGGGGCUGCGGGUGGCGGUUCGCGCGCUCCGAUGAACUGACGCGGCACUACCGCAAGCACACCGGAGACAGACCCUUCCAGUGCAGGCUGUGUCAGCGCGCCUUCUCCCGCUCUGACCACCUCAGCCUGCACAUGAAGCGACACCUCGCCCUCUAGCACCCACCCACGCCCACGUCCACACCCACACCCAACAGACCCUUCCAGUGCAGGCUGUGUCAGCGCGCCUUCUCCCGCUCUGACCACCUCAGCCUGCACAUGAAGCGACACCUCGCCCUCUAACACCCACCCACGCCCACACCCACCACCACCAGCCUGCCGGAGUAAGGAAGCCGGCCUGGCGCCACACACCACCAGUGCACGGGACACAGGCUGGCGGGCUGCAGGCUGCCACACACCCCGCCCUCACCCCUUACCCAGACCUGCAUUGCCCUACCUCACCCAUCACCCAUAACUCUCUCUCUCUCUCUCUCUACCCACGUCAGUCUAGUCAGUCACCCCCACCCCCCGCACCACCCCCUCCCCCCCGUUCCAGUGUGUACAUAUUAGUGUUGUGAAGAAUUUGAGUGUGUUUUGUACUUUUGAUAAUAAAUUGUGAGUCGUUA